AUGGAACCACUGCAAUUGAGUAAUUGGGUAGCGAUUGGAGAAGGAUCAAGUUGCAUGCUACAGGAAACAACGAUGCCGGUGAUGUUACAGAAGGAGGAACCAACUAAUUCUGCUAUUCAAAGACUGAAUUUCCCUAAGGAACAAGUUGUACCAAGUCCGAUCAAAGUAAAAUCUGAAGCUGAAGGUCCUACUAUGGCGGAUGUGGUGAAAAACAAUCGAGCUCAACAUCUAGGUAUGCAAUUGAAGUUUUUCCCUCCAGUCAUAAAUAAUGGAGUUAAAGCAGUGCAAUUAAAUGAGAUCAAGACGGAGAAACAUAGUAGGCAAUGGAUAAAUGCUUUGAUUGGCUAUGUAUUAGGAGGUAUGCCUAGUUUCAAAGAGAUGCUACAAUUUGUGUAUGGAGUUUGGCAAUUUGUGUCAACUCCCAGAGUAUUCCUUCAUGAAGAUGGAUACUUCAUAUUCAAAUUUGAAUCGGAGGAUGAUAUGAACUUAUUGCUUCAGAAUGGACCAUAUACUUUCAAUAGUAGGUCGAUGAUCUUAAAGGAAUGGAUACCAUAUUUCACAAUGAACAAGGAGCCUCUGCGACUUGUUCCACUAUGGGUAUCAUUCCCUAAGCUACCUCUUCAAUGCUGGACUGAGGAGAAUUCGGGCUGGUUGGCUAGCUAUCUAGGUCGGCCAAUAUGUACUGAUAAAUUGACAGCAAAAGGAGAUAGGAUAUCAUAUGCUACAGUCCUAAUUGAGAUGGACAUAACUCAGCAACUUCCAGAGGUGAUAACUAUUGAAAAAUCUGAUGGAACCAUAUGGGAGCAAGACAUAGACUAUGAUUGGAAGCCUAGAUUCUAUCAAAACUGUGCACAUUUUGGGCAUUUCACUGAAAGUUGUGGAAAAGAGGAUCAGCAGGAACAAAAUGUCCAGCAGAAAGGUCAGAAAAAAGGUAAGCAGAAGCCAUCACAGGAGAAGAAAGAAUGGAAGGUUAAGCAGGACAAACCAAAUAUCAAGCCACAAGAUCCUAUUGCAAUUGAGGAAGAUCAUAGUGCUCCUACAAAGUGCAAGUUCAAAGAAGUGGGAAGCAGAGGGAGCAAUAAAGCCCACAAGCAAAAGGAAUUCAAGGAUUUUUUGCUUGGAAAAAAGAUAGAUCUGAUUGGUUGCCUUGAGACUAGAGUUAAACAACAUAAAGCUGUAAAUGUUAUCAGAAAGUUUGGAAAUGAUUGGGAGUUUUAUAAAGACUAUACUCAUGCCCCUAAUGGAAGAAUAUGGGUUGGAUGGAGGAGAGCUUCAGUUGCUGUGAAUAUUAGAUAUAGUACUACACAGUUGAUUCACUGUUUUGUUGAGGAUAGGCAAUCUCAAUUCAAUUGUGAAUUGACAUAUGUGUAUGGUUACAAUACUAUUGCAGGGAGAAAACCAUUGUGGGAUCAACUAAGGAAUAUUAGAGGUUCUAUAAAUGGACCUUGGAUCCUAUUGGGAGACUUUAAUACCAUACUGUUUAGUGAUGAUAGAGUUAAUGGAGUACCAGUUCAUCCUGCUGAGACUGUGGAUUUCCAGAAUUGUAUCACAGAUUUGGGAGUGGGACAGUGUUCAGAUCACUCUCCCAUUGUAAUUAACACUGUGAUAGCUAAACAAUACCUUAAGAAGCCAUUAAGACUGCUUAAUGUCCAAUUACAACUUGAUGCUUUCAAGGCAAUUGUUCAGAAUGUGUGGCAACAGACUAUUGAGGGGCAUUGUAUGUAUGGAGUGUGGCAGAAGUUAAAGCUGGUGGAAGCAGAGACUAAACAGUUGAAUAAAGAAUACUCAUCAUUAGAAGGCAGGAUAAUGAAUUUGAAGCACAAAUUGGGGGAAAUUCAAGACAAGUUAGCAGAAGACUUGUUUAACGGUAGCCUGAUCAAUGAAGAGAAAGAGAUACUAAUAGAGAUGGAAAAAUGGGGCACUAUUCAUGAAAGAGUCCUUCGACAGAAAUCCAGAGCUACAUGGAUUUCCUUAGAGGUCUCUAAUACUAGAUUCUUUCAUGCUCAUAUGAAAGCUAGACAGGCAAGGAACAGGAUCUCUUCUAUACAGAAUGAACAAGGAGUACUAAUCACUGAUCCAAAACUAAUUCAGCAAGAAUUUCUUCAGUUCUUCAAGAAGCUAUUGGGUACUGCUGCUGAGGAGCUGCCUUAUAUUGAUACAACUGUUGCAAGGAAUGGUCCAUGCCUAACUAUUGACCAACAAAAAGAUUUGAUUAAGCCUUUUACUACGGAGGAGGUAAGUUAA